UGCGUGCUGCGCCUGCCGGAGGAUACCUGGAAGGCUUAAGCUGGUCUCGGGGAAAGUUUUGCUAUGGCUGCUGCAAACGCGCUCUUAGGCGUAGCGCUGCGAGAAGCCACCCAGCGAAAAUUGCAGAGGUUUUCAGAACUGAGAGAGCGUCAGUUUAGCCUGUUUUUAAAUGAGUGCAUCAGGGACUUGGGAACUUUUCUGUUAUGCAGAAUUUCAGGUCAUUCUUCAAAGCCUUUGUAAACUUGCAUGGCUCAUCUUCAGGCAAACCUGUGGCAGCUGGAAAAUUCUGGGACAUUGUUGCAAUAACAGCAGCUGAUGAAAAACAGGAACUUGCUUAUAAGCAACAGCUCUCAGAAAAGCUGAAAAAAAAGGAGUUACCCCUUGGAGUCCAAUAUCAUGUUUUUGUUGACCCUGCUGGAGCCAAAAUAGGAAAUGGAGGAUCCACACUUUGUGCCCUUCAAUGUUUGGAAAAGUUAUAUGGAGAUAAAUGGAAUUCUUUUACCAUCCUAUUAAUUCAUUCUGGUGGUUACAGCCAACGCCUUCCAAAUGCAAGUGCUCUGGGCAAAAUUUUCACUGCGUUACCUUUCGGUAACCCCAUUUAUCAGAUGUUGGAAUUAAAACUAGCCAUGUACAUUGAUUUCCCCUCACAUAUGAAACCUGGGAUUCUGGUUACUUGUGCAGAUGAUAUUGAACUUUAUAGUGUUGGAGAAUGUGAGUUUAUUAGAUUUGACAAACCUGGCUUUACAGCUUUAGCUCAUCCUUCUAGUUUGACUGUUGGUACCACACAUGGAGUAUUUGUCUUAGAACCUUUUAAUUAUUUAGAAUAUAAAGACCUUGAAUACAGGUGUUGCCAUCGUUUCCUUCAUAAGCCCAGCAUAGAACAGAUGCAUCACUUUAAUGCUGUGUGUAGACCUGGAAAUUUUUCUCACCAGGACAUGGCUGGGGGUGACACUACCCCUCUUAAAUUAGAGUCUGAGUAUGUCUACACGGACAGCCUAUUUUACAUGGAUCAUAAAACAGCAAAAAAAUUACUUGCUUUUUAUGAAAAAAUAGGCACAUUGAACUGUGAAAUUGAUGCCUAUGGAGACUUUCUGCAGGCUUUGGGACCUGGAGCAACUGUGGAGUACACCAGAAACACAUCAAAUGUCACUAAAGAAGAGGCAGAGUUGACAGACAUCAGGCAGAGAAUAUUUCAUCUUCUGAAAGGAACCUCAUUAAAUGUUGUGGUUCUUAAUAAAUCCAAAUUCUAUCACAUUGGAACAACUGAAGAAUACUUGUUUCAUUUUACUUCAGAUAGCAGUUUGAAGUCAGAACUUGGCUUGCAGUCCAUAGCUUUUAGCAUCUUUUCUACAACACCAAAAUGCUCUGGUAACACAUCCUGUAUCAUUCAAAGUUUACUGGAUUCAGGAUGUUCUGUGGCAACUGGCUCAGUUGUGGAGUAUUCUAGAUUGGGGCCUAAUGUUUCAGUUGGGGAAAACUGCAUUGUUAGUGGUUGUUCUGUCAUAACAGAAGCUGUCCUGCCUGCAGAUUCUUUUGUGUGUUCCUUAAGCUUGAAGAUGAAUGGAUACUUGAAGUAUUCAACUAUGGCUUUUGGAGUGCAAGACAACUUGAAAAGGAAUGUUAAAACAUUGUCAGAUAUAAAGUUACUUCAAUUCUUUGGAGUCUGUUUCCUGUCAUGCCUAAAUAUUUGGAAUCUGAAAGUUACAGAGGAACUGUUCUCUGGAAACAAGACAUGUUUAAGUUUGUGGAAUGCUCGUAUUUUCCCAGCUUGUUCCUCUUUGAGUGAUUCAGUUACAACAUCCCUAAAAAUGUUAAAUGCUGUACAGAACAAAUCAGCAUUCAGCCUGAAUAAGUAUAAACUGUUGUCCAUUGAAGAAAUGCUUAUCUACAAAGACGUAGAAGACAUGAUAACUUAUAGGGAGCAAAUUUUUCUAGAAAUUACUUUAAAUAGAAAACAGUUUGAUUUAGAGGCAUCUUAAAUAUUAUAUAUACCUUACCUUUCUUGAUAGAGCAAGAUUGCAAAUAGAAGAGUUUUCUGUAGGCUUUUGUUUGUUUUACUGAAGUGAAUUAAUGAAAAUUACAUUAACGUAAUUGCUAUAGCAUAAUAUUAAUAACAAAAUCAAACAUUUUUGAUGAAAGAAUAUUUCAAGGCUGUAAGUUCAGAAAAGGGUUUUUUUGAUAUUACUAUUUUAAUUUUCUUUUAAUAAAAACGGGUUUGUGGAGCAUUGUUGUGUUCAUAUAGUACACAAGAAGUUUUAAAUGAUUUUCUAAACAUACCUUUUUCCAUCUUCUUUUUGGGCUUUGGUUUCAGUACAGGUCUAUGUGUUAAUUGGCAUAGUACUAGUAUAGUAGUAUACUAUAGCAUAUACUAGUAGUACAGUAGUAGAACAUAGUAGUCCUAUUCUGAUGAACUGAUAAAAAUGGUAUACAUACAAUAAGGUUUUCAAAGAACACUGUAGGAAUUGAAAUACUUUUUUGGAAACAAAUUCAUAGCUUACAAAUUCAGAUGAAAACAAUGCUCCAAUAUUGUGAUUAUUUAAUUAACAAGUAAUUAGAUAGAGAUAGCUCUGGAAUUGAUGAUAAAAAUCUAUCUCAUUUAUUGCUCUUGCCAAAGUGAAACUAAAAGUGUUUGUGUGGUAUUUUACCUUAUAAACUUGGACAUAUGUUUCUAUAUCUCAAAAUUUUCCUAAAUUUCCAUCCAUACAAAAGCAUACACAUACACAAAACUCAAAUAUCUGUAUGUGGAAAACCGUAGGAAUAAUUGGGAUUCAUUGAUAAUCAUAAAAGUUUAUUUGGGGCAUUAUUUGCAAUCUCUUUUUAACCCCUUUAAUAGAACUAUUAAGUUACCAGAUGGGCUGAUUUUACUUUCUUUUUCUUACUUUUUGUCCUUGUACUGGUGAUGAUACUGAGAAGCAAUAAUUGACCGAAAGGGAAGCAGCAGGAAGGAGGCAGAAAAAUUAAAAAAUGAGAAAACUUACUGAUGAUAGACAGCUUCAAGAAAAUAAAAAUAGACUGGAAUCUCAACUUAUGUGCUGCUAUUUUCUAUAAGCAUGCACGUGAAAUGUCUUUAUGUCAAAGUCUGAUAAAAAUUAGAGAAAUGAUUUGUCAGUUUUGUGUUUUAACAUGAAUAAACUGAAAUCCGAACUA